AUGGCUCUACCACAUCUUUUAAAUGUGAUUGGGUUAAUGUUCCUUUGUAGAACUACAUUAAUAUACUCCUCAUCUUUAUCUUCUCCACCCUUUGGUUUGAAACUGGGCUCAUCUCUCUCAGUGGAGAAAAAGGAGGACUUCUUGAUCUCACCAAAUGGCUUUUACACUGCUGGAUUUUACAGGGUAGGCGAGAAUGCUUAUUGCUUUUCAAUAUGGCUCACGAAAGCUUUAUCAGACGGGAAUCUUACUCUAGUAUGGAUGGCCAACCGAGAUUUACCAGUCAACGGGAAGUUCUCAAAACUUUCGUUGCUGAAAACUGGAAAUCUUGUCUUAAGAGAUGCAUAUCAAAGGUUUCCUAUAUGGAGGACAACUACUCGAGAUUCAACGAAAUCUGCUCAGCUGAAAAUGAACGAUUCAGGAAACCUUUGCCUACAAAAUAAACUAGGAAAAGUUCUGUGGCAAAGUUUUGACUCGCCAACAGAUACCCUUCUUCCCAAUCAACCACUCACCAAAGAUGCACCACUUGUGUCUUCAAGAAGCCUAACCAAUUACUCAUCAGGAUACUACAAGUUGUUCUUCGACAGUGAUAAUGUUGUUCGACUUGUAUACAGUGACCCUAAAUUAACAGGCAUCUAUUGGCCUAGUCCCGACGUACGAGCAUGGGAAUCUGGUCGGAAUAUCUAUGGAAGCCGAAGAAUUGCAACAAUGGAUUCUUCUGGUCGUUUCAUUUCAACUGAUGAUCUAUUAUUCAAUACAUCAGACGCUGGAGAUCAGCCUUUAAGAAGGUUGACGUUGGAUGUUGAUGGUAACUUCCGAGCUUACAGUCUGGAUGAGAUCACACGAAUUUGGCAUGUUACAUGGCAAGCUCUUUCUAACACAUGCUAUAUCCAUGGAUGUUGUGGAGAAAAUAGUACAUGCUCCAACGACCCUGUCUAUGGUAGGAAAUGUUCAUGCCUACCAAAUCACAGGAUGAUCAAUCACACAGAUUGGUCAUAUGGUUGUGAACCCGAAUUUAAGCCGACUUUAUGUGGUAAUGGUGAGGAUCAAUUCCUACAUGUUCCUCAUUUCGACUUCUAUGGAUAUGAUCGUAGAUACAUGCCUAAUACAACUUUAGAAGAGUGUAAGCAAGUGUGCAGAAAUAUGUGCGAUUGCAAAGGGUUCCAGUUCAAGAACGACUGGAAGAAAGGGUUUUCUAUUUGUUACCCAAAGUUCCUGUUGGUGAAUGGAUUAAGCUCAUCUGAUUUUAAUGGUUCCAUGUAUCUAAAGGUUCCAAAAGAUAUUCCCUUAUCUUCCAAAAACAUUAAGAUCGGUGAAGAGUUCAGUUUAAAAUGUUCCUGGAAACCUGCAAUCCAACUUGACCGAAGUUAUGACAUUAAUCGGCAAAAUGAAUCGAUACAGUUCCUGAUGCUGAUAAUAACAAGUGUACUUGGGGCAUUGGAGAUUAUCUGCGUAACAUACUUCUGUUAUGGAAUUCAUUUACAUUCAACCACUCAAGGUAAUUACCUCCAAACUGCAAGUGGAUUUAGGAGAUUCAGCUAUGCCGAGUUAAAGAAAGCCUCAGGAAAUUUCAGCAACGAGAUAGGGAGAGGAGGUGGUGGCGUUGUGUUCAAAGGAGUGUUGUCUGAUAACCGAAUUGCUGCAAUUAAGCAUCUUAAUGAAUCUAGUAAAAGGCAAGGGGAAGCUGAACUUCUAGCAGAGAUAACAACCAUUGGGAAGCUUAAUCACAUGAAUUUGAUAGAGAUGUGGGGGUAUUGUGCUGAAGGUAAACACAGGCUUUUAGUUUACGAGUAUAUGGAAUAUGGGUCACUGGCUCACAACUUAUAUUCCACUCAACUCGAUUGGGAUAAGCGGUUUGACAUUGCGUUGGGCACAGCAAGAGGACUUGCUUAUCUACACGAAGAAUGCUUGGAAUGGAUAUUGCAUUGUGAUGUUAAGCCUCAUAAUAUAUUACUGGACUGUCGUUAUAAGCCCAAGGUAGCAGAUUUUGGGUUAUCGAAGUUGUUGGAUAGAGAUGGGACUGGUAAUUCAGAGUUUACAAGAGCAAUAGGGACAAGAGGUUACAUGGCUCCAGAAUGGUUGUUUGUUAAUUUUCCGAUAACUGCAAAAGUUGAUGUCUAUAGCUAUGGUGUGGUGAUGUUAGAGAUGAUAACAGGGAGGAGCCCAACGGGUGCUAAUCAGAGUGGGGGAUCUGAAGGAAGGCUAGAUAGCUGGGUGAGAGAAAAGAUGAUUGCCACUAGUGGACCCGAUGGCUGGGUUGAAGAAAUUAUAGAUUCAAUAAUUGAAGGGGAGUACGACAAGAAGAGAAUGGAAAUUCUCAUUAAAGUGGCUUUACAAUGUUGUGAGGAUGAUAAGGAUGCAAGACCAACCAUGAGCCAGGUUGUGGAUAUGCUGAUGCAUGUGGAAGAACAUCAUUAA